ACCAAUUCCUUGAAAAUGUCAUUAAGAAAAUUUAUGCACCCAAGAAAUAUUUAUAAAACUCUACCAGAUUUUAAGGAACUUGCCUUAUUAUAUCCUGAAUUCUGUAAUAUUGCAAUUGUUAAUUUAAAUGGCAAGAUAAAGAUUAACUUCAAAAAUGAAGAAAGUUUACGAGUACUCACAGAAGUAUUAUUAAAACAUGACUUUAAUCUACAAGUAAAAAUACCUCCAAAUAAAUUAGUGCCAACAUUGCCAUUACGCUUAAAUUAUAUUUUGUGGAUUGAAGAUUUAAUGAAACAUGCUUCUUUUAAUGAUAUGGAGGAAGUAAUUGGCAUCGAUAUUGGUACUGGAGCAAUUUGUAUUUAUCCUUUGUUAUUUGCAAAAAUGUAUAGAAAUCAAAUGAUUGGUACAGAAGUUGAUGAAACAAGUGUACAAACAGCUAUUGAACAUAUUGAAAAUAAUAAUUUACAACAUAUAAUAAAAGUAUUGAAGGUAGAUGGCGCAUCAAUAUUGAAAGACAUUAUAAAGGAAGGUAAUAUCUAUCAUUUUACAAUGUGUAAUCCACCAUUCUUUGAUAGAGCAGGAUCGUCAGAAAAAGUAAUAAAACGGUUACCACCAAGAAAUGCUUCAACUGGAAAUGAAGUUGAACUUACAAUUCAAGGUGGUGAAAGAGCAUUUGUAAUGCAGAUGAUUGAAGAAAGUAUGGAAAUUAAAGAAAAAGUAAAAAUUUAUACCACAAUGUUUGGUACAAGAAUUAAUUUAUUGUUUUUGUUAAAAUAUUUGAAGAAGAAAAAUAUAGAAAAUGUAACAUGGACAGAAUUCUGUCAAGGUCAUACAAAACGAUGGGGAUUGGCUUGGUCAUUUCUAGCAAAACAUGUUAUUAAUUUAACAAAUGCACCUGUUAUUAGGAAAAGUGAAGAUUAUGUUGCAAAAUUGCUGAAAGAACGACGUCCAACAGAAAUACAAUUUCCAAUGCAACAUAAAUUUUCCUCUUUUGAUAAUUUCGUAAAUUUUUUAGAAGAAAUAAUGGAAGAAUUAAAUGUAGAAAUUAAGGAGUUAAAUUUGCCGAUUGACGGUUUUAACGGUUGGUCAUGUCAACUAAUUGCGAAAAAUGAUACGUGGUCACAUACACGUAGAAAACGUCGAUUAUCUCAAAGAUUAAUGAAUCAAUCUGUGACCCAUAAUACAAAAGAUACAAUUGCAUUAGAAUGUGUUGUGGAAAAUUCUGGAGAAAAAUUAAUAAAAAAUAAUACUGAAAAUAUAAUCGGAGAACAAAAAAAUCAAGAGUUAAUAGAGAAAUCUAUAGCAAAAGAACCUUUAUUAAUAUGUAAUAUUUUUGCUGAAAUAAUAGAACAUGAAGAAUCUGAAAAUGAAGAUGUAAGAAUAUCUAUGGUUUUUGAGAAAGGAACUGGUGGUAAGAAUGCUUUAGAAACAUUUCGACAGUAUUUAAUAAAUAAAUUAGAUGUUAGAGAAUAUUUUCAGAAACAAUAUACAAGACCAAAUAAAAGGAAAAGAAAUGAGUUAAACACAGGCAAAAUUGUAGUAAAUUCGGAACAAGCUUCAAAUUCAUUAAAAAAUAAUAUGGAAUCCGUUUAA